AGUUGCUUGCUCAUCAUACAGUUUCAAAGAUGGCUCUUGCUAGUGUGUUGAACAGUGAUUGUGCGGAUUUUUCAUUUGAUAAUUGUCAGCCUUCUACGUAUGGAUGUGGACCCGGACAGAGCGGUGCGGGAUUUGACACUACGCCGGGAGACGGGCUCAGUUUUUCCGUUAGAAACCCGCUGUGUGCCGGGGACGAGGACGGCGUCGAGAGGAAAAUAGAGUUCCUGCAUGGAACCACAACCUUAGCAUUUAAAUUCCAGCAUGGUGUUAUUGUGGCGGUGGACUCUCGGGCCACAGCGGGCUCCUACAUCGCCUCACAGACGGUGAAGAAGGUGAUUGAGAUCAACCCCUACCUGCUGGGUACCAUGGCCGGAGGAGCUGCGGACUGUAGCUUCUGGGAGCGCCUGCUGGCCCGCCAGUGCCGCAUCUAUGAGCUUCGCAACAAGGAGCGCAUCUCGGUGGCAGCAGCCUCCAAGCUUCUCGCUAACAUGGUGUACCAGUACAAGGGCAUGGGACUCAGCAUGGGAACCAUGGUGUGUGGCUGGGACAAGAGAGGCCCAGGGCUGUACUAUGUCGACUCUGAGGGGAACCGGGUGUGCGGCGACCUGUUCGCCGUGGGCUCUGGCUCCAUGUACGCCUAUGGUGUGAUGGACAGUGGCCUGCAGCACGACCUGUCUGUGGAGGAGGCCUGUGAGCUAGGUCGCCGCGCCAUCUACCAGGCCACAUUCCGUGACGCCUACAGCGGUGGGCAGGUCAACCUGUACCACGUCCACAGCGAGGGCUGGACCAGGGUCUCCCAGGAAGACGUGCUCAUGCUGCACCAGCAGUACAAAGAUCAGGCAUAGUCAUGAAAAUCAAGAGCACAGAGGGGGGGACAAGUGGGGAGAAUAGGGAGGAUUAGUGAGUUUGUUCUAGUAUCCAAUGUUUAAGAUGUUCUGAAAUGAAGGUAGGGUUGAGACAUUAAAAAAAAGGACUCAUUUACCAAUUGAUUUCCACUUACUUACUUAAGUUUCUUCUGUAACCCAUUUUGACUUGUAGCUUAAAGCUUUAUAUUGUACAUUUUUAACAAUGCUAGUGAGCUCCACGCACAGAGUAUGAUUUUGAGGGGCUGCGUAGAAAAGGGGGGGGCGCAAUGACUCAAACAUGCUUUAUAACAGUGUGGGAGUAGUGUGGUGCUUGCCCUACAUACAUUUCGUUUGGAUCAUACCCUGGGAAACUACAUCUUUCACAAUAAAACCUGUGAUGUUCUUUUUUCAA